AUGGAUUCCGCUGCCGACUUUAUUGUUAUUGGAGGUGGUCCAGCCGGCAGCACGGUGGCAAGCCAGCUGGCCAACUCUCCAAAGCAUCCCAAAGUGCUUCUUCUGGAAGCCGGAGGCCUCAAUGCCGAACACGACCUGCGGGUGGACGGCCAGCGGUGGCUGACCUUCCAGAAUAAACACAUGAACUGGGGCUUCAAGACCACGCCACAAGAUGACUGUAACAACCGCGAGAUCGACUACUCCCGCGGACGGGGCAUGGGAGGCUCCAGCGCCAUCAACUUCGGUGUAUACACGGUAGGCGCCCGCGAUGAUUACGAAGAGUGGGCACGAGUUGUUGGUGAUGAUGCCUUCCGCUGGGAGCAAAUCCAGUCCAGGUUCAAAGCCCUCGAGACCUUCCACGGCGAUCUCCCUGCUGGUAUUGAUGCGAAGUACGCAGCUCCCCGAGCGGAAGAUCACGGAAACUCUGGUCCGCUUCACGUAGGGUUUGCCUCGGAAUGGGAGAAAGAUCUCCCGCCGCUUUUGGAUGUCAUCGAACAAGCAGGGUUCCCCUUCAAUCCGGACCACAACUCGGGCAAUCCCAUUGGGAUGUCUGUUUUGAUUAACUCUGCCUACAAUGGCGUUCGGUCAACAGCUGCGGAUCUUUUGAAGCCACAGUCGGAGAAUUUGAGUAUUGUCACCGAUGCUCCUGUACAGCGCCUCGUAUUCGACGGCAACAAGGUUGUGGGUGUGGAAUCCAAUGGGAAGCAGUACCUCGCCUCAAAGGAGGUUAUCAUGUGCGCUGGGUCUCUGGAAGGUCCGCGUAUCCUCAUGCACUCGGGCAUUGGCCCGGCACAGCAGCUAGAGAAGUUCAAUAUCCCCGUCAAACUCGAUGUUCCCGCCAUUGGUCAAAAUCUCCGAGACCACACUUUCGUCCCGAUCGUGAACACUCGCGUGGAGAAUAGCACCCAGCGCCGCGAGUUCUACGGCGACGAGAAAGCCAUGGCCGAGGCCCUUGAGCAAUGGAAGAUAGACGGAAGUGGCCCAUGGUCACGGUUCGCCUGCGAACUGGGUAUCGGCUGGUUCAAGCUCGACAAGCUCACGUCCUCCGAGGAAUUCCAGAAGCUGCCCGAGGAAGAGCAGAAGUAUCUUCUGCAAGAGACUGUGCCGCACUAUGAAAUCCUGACCCAUUUCCCUAUCCACUGGUUCAUCCCGGAUUUCGCCAAGGAGGCCCUGAACUACUCCUGUCUGCUCGUGUUCAUGUUCAAUGCACAGGCUCGUGGUGAAGUCACUCUACAGUCCUCGGACCCCAAUGUGCCCUUGCUCUUCGAUCCGAAGUUCUUGUCUCACCCAUUCGAUCGUCGUGUUGCGAUUGAGUCUCUGCGGGAUGCGUUCCGCAUUGCUAAGAACGAUGGCUAUACCAAGGAUAACGUCAUGGAAUUGGCUGGUCCCAAGUCCGACUCUGACGAAGAUCUCUUGGAGUACUGGAAACAGAACAUUUCAUCCAGCUGGCACAUGACUGGCACUAUCAAGAUGGGUAAGAAGGGCGAUGCCGAUGCCGCAGUGGACAACGAUUUCCGCCUCAUAGGCAUUGAUGGGUUGCGCGUAGCGGAUAUGAGCGUGGUCCCCGUGUUGGCCAACUGUCAUGUUCAGGCCGUGGCAUAUGUGACGGGAGCCACAUGCGCGGAGAAGUUGAUCAAGGAAUAUGAUCUAGCCUAG